AUGGCAAUUUUACUCAGACUUGGUCACUGUAGCAGAACUGGCUAUAAGAUGGAGCUGCCUGGCCUUGCUUUUGCUGUUUGGAUGUUUACUUGCCUCUGUGCAUAUGUGGAUGGCUAUCCAAGUGGAAAAGUAAGAGAAGCCUGCACUAGCAUGAUACCCUGUCAUGGUGGCUCUCCACAACUGACACCUGAGCACACCAUUACAGUGAAUGGGACUGAAUUUAAACCAGGGGACAGCAUAGAAGUUCAUCUGUCUGGACCAGAUUUUGAAGGGUUUUUCAUGCAGGCCCGGGAUGCAGAACAGCUGGAUAGCCCUGCAGUUGGUUCUUUCAUCUUAGCUGACCGCAGAGUUUCUCAGCUUCUGACGUGUGGCCGUACCAAGAAUUCAGCUGUCAGUCACACAAAUAAAGCAAAAAAGAAACACCUAAAAGUUUACUGGAUUGCUCCUAGAGAUGCACCAAAACAUGUACAGUUUCUAGCCACAGUUGUGAAGAAAUACAGGACGUUCUGGGUGAAGAUUCCUGGUCCUGUUGUUUCUCAGCCUAGUGCGCUGUCCCCAACAACCCCCCUGCAUACAACAUCAGAGGCUAUGUCAACUUCACACCCAGUUUCCUACUUAUCAAAGCCAUUUAAUGCAUCAGGCUGUGGAAGUACGAAGUUCUGCAUUAGGAGCCCCUCAAACUGUGAUCCUGAAAGUGCUUCCUGUUUUUUUCUAUCCUUCCAACAAGAGAAGAGUUCUGUAUUCAUUGAAAUGAGUGGUACAAGUGAAGGCUAUUUAGCAUUUGCAUUGUCACAUGACCAGUGGAUGGGUGGUGAUGAUGCAUAUCUGUGUGUUAAUGAGGACCACCAUGUUCACGUAAGCUCUGCCUCCCUGAAGGGACGAAGUCCUCCUGCUCUGGAUUCAGAGAAUGCCCUUGAAGAUGUGUCCUGGAGGCUUGUGGAUGGUGUACUUCAGUGUUCCUUCAGGAGGAGUAUUCAUCUUCCUGCUUACACAGGGAGAUUUGACCUGAAUGCCAGUUACUACAUCUUUCUGGCAGAUGGGGAAGCUGGUGAAGGUGGACUAAUACAUAAACACAGUCGUCAGCCUCUGGUCACCAAUGGAAUGUACGAUGUCACAGGCCUUCCUCGGGAUAUUGGAGGUUCUCACUCCCCACAGCUCAUCAAGGUUCAUGGAGCGCUGAUGUGUGUUGCUUGGGUUACCACAGUGAGCAUCGGUGUCAUUGUCGCGCGGUUCUUCAAACCUGUCUGGUCUCACUCCUUCCUCUUUGGAAAGGAGUUGUGGUUCCAGGUGCAUCGUAUGCUUAUGUUGAGCACAGUCAUGCUUACAAGCAUUUCUUUUGUGUUGCCUUUUAUAUACCGAGGAGGCUGGAGCCACCAAGCAGGUUUGCAUCCCUAUCUUGGCUGCAUUGUGAUGGCUCUGACAGUCAUUCAACCACUUAUGGCAGGUUUCAGACCAUCUCGUCAUGCACCAAGGAGGCAGUUAUUUAACUGGUUUCACUGGACUGCUGGUACAACAGCUAGAAUACUAGCUGUGGUAACUAUGUUCUUGGGAAUGGAUCUACCAGCACUUGACCUACCAAACCCUUGGGACACCUACACAAUGAUUGGUUUUGUGGCUUGGCAUGUCAGUAUUGAUGUUCUUCUGGAAAUACACAGCUACCGUCUCAUACGUAAAGUUGAAGUGAUAGAGGAUGACAGAGUACAGAUACUGCAAUCACUCACAUCUGCAGAAGCAGAGGGUCGUCUGUUUAAACAGAUAGUGUUAUCUAUCUAUGUCUGCGGAAAUACAGUCUUCCUCAUUGCCUUCCUGGCAGCCAUCAACCAAAUAUGA